ACGACUCGGUGCCCGCAGCCUUGCCAGACGACUCGGUGCCCGCAGCCUUGCCAGACGACUCGGUGCCCGCAGCCUUGCCAGACGACUCGGUGCCCGCAGCCUUGCCAGACGACUCGGUGCCCGCAGCCUUGCCAGACGACUCGGUGCCCGCAGCCUUGCCAGACGACUCGGUGCCCGCAGCCUUGCCAGACGACUCGGUGCCCGCAGCCUUGCCAGACGACUCGACGACUCGGUGCCCGCAGCCUUGCCAGACGACUCGGUGCCCGCAGCCUUGCCAGACGACUCGGUGCCCGCCGCUUCGUCUGGGGGCCCGAGACCUGUUGCUCC